CCAGUGUGGGUCUGUGGUGGACUUUGUGUGACAGCGGGGGGACUCUCUCUGGGCCUUCACCGGAUUCGUCUUCGGACCUCUGGAUCUGUGAGCCGACUUGGCGCCGUUUUCACAGGUCUCUGCGUUUCAUCCUGCCCCGGGUUGUGUCACCCUGCUCACACACACACACACCUCCACCGGCUGCCAUCACUGCGACGUCCUCCUCAUCUUCACCACAGGCCCUCGAACCAUGGCGCUGUCUUCACGUUUAAAACUGUGGGAGCAGAAGAUAAAGGAAGAGAAGAAGCCUGUGGCUGUGACCGUGCCUGCACAGCCUCUGUCCGUUCUUCCGGGGGGCUUCCUAAAACAGCUGGUCCGAGACUCGGAGAAGGAGACCAAACAUAAAGAACCAGAUGUCAAAGAGGAGCGAGCACCGAGCAAACUGAGUGAUGGCCUCGUGCAACAGUUCCUCCUCCCAGACCAGACUCCGCCGAUCCUGGAGGCAGAGAUGUCCCUGAAGGCCGAACAGCUCAACAACAACAAACAAAUAAGGUGCAGCUCGGCCCAUUCGGACGGCGGCUCCUCCUCUCAUUUCUGCAAAACGACUCCUGACUCUGAUGGUAAGGCAGAAACCAAACGAGACACGGAGAACCCAAAACAGAAGCAGCAGCAGGAGAAAGGAGCGACGAUGGAGAGCAAAGAGACGGAGGAGAGGCAGGAACCAGAGGGACGGCAGGCCGACACCAGCAUCACAGAGCGAGUUAGAACGGAGCCACUCAGCUGAAGCCAGAUGAAGGUACACCUGAACUCCCAGAAGGCCGAGUGCGGGUUCGCCUGGACACAGAUGGCACUCUACAUGACGUCAUGGAGUAUGAAGUUGAAAAGUGUAACCCCCCAGAGUUAGACCUGUGUGAGGACCUGAGCGACCUUCAAAGUGUGAAUGAAUGUGGAGUUCUGCACACACUGAUCAGCCGAGCUAAAACCAACAUGCCCCUCACGUCUGCCGGACCCAACCUGGUCAGCCUGUGGCCCCCCCUGCAGACCCACAGCAAGACCCCAAAGUCGCGGCGAGGGGAGUCUGUGUGGGACGCCCCCCCUGCUCUGGCAGCUCUUGUCAAACGGGUGUAUUUAUCCAUGGUGGGCACCAGGAGGGACCACAGUGUGUGUGUCGUUGGACGCAGCGGGACAGGAAAGACCACAGCGAGUCAAGCUUUCACACACGCACUCCUUAAACAAGCCGGUACAACCGGACAGAGUCUGAGUGUGGAGCGAGUGCAGGCCAUGUUCACCAUCCUGCGUUCUUUUGGCUGCGUGAGCUCGCAGCACAGCGACGCCUCGUCUCGAUUUGCCAUGGUCUUCUCACUGGACUUUAAUCAUGCUGGACAGGCUGCAGCUGGACACCUGCAGACUAUGAUGUUGGACAAGUGGAAAGUGUGUCAGAAAACAGCAGGAGAAAGUAACUUCCUGGUCUUCUCUCAGAUGCUGGCAGGACUCAGUACAGAGAUGAGGACGGAGCUGCAGCUGCACCAGCUCCCUGAGUCCAACUCUUUUGGUAUCGUUCAGCCCACUAAGGUGGAGGAAAAACAGCGAGCAUCUGUUGCCUUCACCAAGCUGUUGACUGCCAUGAAAACACUGGGCUUCUCAGCUGGUGAGCAGAAGGCAAUCUGGCACGUUCUGGCUGGUAUUUACCACCUGGGAGCUGCAGGAGCCUGUAAAGUGGGCAGGAGGCAGUUUGUGAACUUCGACAGCGCUCAGGUGGCGAGCAGCGUUCUCGGAUGUGAGGGAGAGGAGCUGCACACUGCAGUCUUCAAACAUCACCUGCAACAACUGCUGCAGAGUGCCACCACAGGCAAGAGGGACAAAAAUGAGGCUGAGGAAGGUCCUCGUUUAACAGCUGCUCAGUGUGUCCACGGAAUGGCUGCUGGACUGUAUGAAGAGGUCUUCACUGCUGUGGUCUCACUCAUCAACAGGGCUUUGAGCAGCGAGCAGCUGGUUUUAGCCUCUGUGAUGAUGGUGGACACGCCAGGCCUCAGGAAUCCAAGACACUCAGGGGAGGAGCGAGGAGCCGACUGGUCCGAGCUCUGCCACAACUACCUGCAGGAGCGGCUGCUGGAGCACUACCACUCACACACCUUUACACACUCGCUGGAGAGAUAUGGACAGGAGAAGAUCCACGUGGACUUUGAAUGUCCAGAGAGAAGUCCAGCAGAAGUUGUGUCUGCGAUGGAUCAGCCCCCUCCUCAGGUGCGAGCAGCAGAUGGAGACCCGAGAGGUCUUUUGUGGGUGCUGGAUGAGGAGAUGGUGGGCCCAGCCUCCAGUGAAGGUGGCGCCGUGGAGAGGGUCUGCCAGUAUUAUACCAACGCUGUCCGUCAGUGCGAGCAGCCUCUGCAGUGUGAAGUCAGCCAUCUGAUGGGCUACGACCCGGUCCGUUAUGACCUCACAGGAUGGUUCAGUCUGAUCCGGAACAACCCCUCUGUUGUUAACGCUACAUCUCUGCUCCAAAACUCCACCAUAGGAGAGGUGAAGGCCAUGUUUACCCCCAGAAUGUCACUGACCCCUCUGUGUCGAGGUCUGGGGGGGCUGGAGGGCAGCUGCCAACGCGCUCUGCUGAGGAACAGCACCAUCAGGAAAACCUUCAGCAGCGGGAUGGCUUCCAUACGCAGACACUCCCAGUGUAUAGCUGUAAAAUUACAAGCAGACGCUCUGGUAAAUCUGAUGCGCCGAACAAAGCCAGUAUUCCUGCAGUGCGUGAGCACACGGAUGGAUGGUGGAAGUUUUGACGUGUCGGCUCUCAGAGCGCAACUGCACUCCACUCAGAUCUUGACGGCGCUUCAGCUCUACCGCACAGGUUAUCCAGAACACAUGGCUCUGAGUGACUUCAGGUGUCAUUUCCAGGCUUUAUCUCCUCCCAUUAUGAAACGUUACGCUUCAAUGUUUGUCAGCCACAACGAGAGGAAGGCAGUGGAGGAGCUGCUGGUUGAGUUGGAUGUCGAUAAAAAGAGUAUUGUUGUGGGAAACAGCAGGGUGUUCAUGAAGCGAGGUGUGCUGCACUACCUGGAGCAGCAGCGGGAUCAGCAGGUCACCAGCUGGCUGGUUCAUCUACAGGCGGCAGGCAUGGGACACCUGGCCCGUCAGAAAUAUCGCAAGCUCAAGGUGCAGCAGAUGGCGGUCAGUUGUCUGCAGAGGAAUCUGCGAGCUCUACGGGCCGUAGCCACGUGGAGCUGGUGGAAGCUUUUCUGCAAAGUGCGUCCUCUGCUCGAUGUCAACAUGGACAACGAGAGACUCAGGGCCAAGGAGGAUGAGAUAUCGGCUCUUAGGCGCCGCCUUGAGAAAUCAGAGAAAGAGAGGAAUGAGUUGAGGCAGACUGCAGACAACCUGGAGACCAAGGUUACAGCUGUGACAUCUGAGCUAAGUGAUGAGCGUUUCCGUGGAGAUGCGGUGGGUCAGGCUCUGGAUGUGGAAAGGGCAGAGAGACUUCGACUCAGCAGGGAGAACAAAGACCUGCAGACUCGGCUAGACCAGUGUAAAGUUGCCAUAGAAACGCUGGAGAAGCAGCUGGAGGAGGAGAAGCAGAAAGCUCAGGUCGCUGCAAGUCAGAGAGGAGCUGCAACAGAAAGUGAGCUGGCCAUGCAGCUGGAGUGCUGCCAGACGGAGGUCGAAUUUGUCCGCAGACGUCUGAAGCAGACAGAGGAGAAGCUGGAGACUGAGAGACAGACGAGACAGCAGUUCGAUACGAAGGUGGCGACCCUUCAGUCCCAGUUGGAGCAGUCCAGGAGGAGUGUGGCAGAUCUGAAACGUCACAGUCGUCACGUGACCUCCGACCUUCAAGAUGCACGAGUGCUUAACGACAGUCUGCAGAAUCGCAUUCACAAACUGGAGAGCAAACAGAGGAGGUUUGAUAAUGAGUUAACUCAGGCUCUGGAGGAGGCCAACAACGAGAGGGAGCUGAAGGACAAAGCCUUCCAGGAGAGCACGGCUCUGGGAACAGAAGUGUUCAACCUGCGCCGCAGCCUGCAGGAGAGCCAGUUAGAGGUGACCCGUCUCCAGAAGCAGAAGGAGGAGUUGUGUGCUCAGAUCCGGGAUCUCAGCCUACCUGUUGAUCUCGCCUUAGACUCUGUACCAGACCUGAAAAAGCAGCUUCGCCUCCUGGAGAGCCAAGCCAGCGAGAGGGACGAUGAAAUCACUAAUCUGUCCGGCAAAAUCCAACAGCUGCAGCAGGUCCAAAUGCGGUUUGAGAUGGAGAUGGAGAGGAUGAAGCAGAUGCACCUGAAGGAGCUGGAGGACAAAGAGGAGGAGUUAGAGGAUGUCCACAAGUCGUCUCAGAGACGGCUGAGGCAGCUGGAGAUGCAGCUUGAGCAGGAGUACGAGGAGAAGCAAAUGGUCAUUCAUGAGAAGCACGACCUGGAAGGACUCGUGGCAACUCUGUGUGAUCAGGUGGGACACAGAGACUUUGAUGUGGAGAAGAAGCUAAGGAGAGACCUGAAGAGAACUCACGCUCUGCUGGCUGAUGCUCAGUUGCUUUUGGCUACUAUCAACAGCUCAGGCCAGAACCUUCCUGAUGGAAACAAAGAACAGAUAGAACAUCUACACUGCCAGCUCGAGGAGAGCGAGGCAAAACUUCUGGAGGCUGGAAACGUACAGAAGACUCUCUCCCAGGAACUGGAGAACACUCAGGUGGAACUGGAGAACCUCUGUCGGCAGAAGAGUCUGGCAGAUGAACAGUUGGCUCUGCUGCAGCACGAGAAAGUGGACCUCCUGAAGAGGCUAGAGGAGGACCAGGAGGACCUGAAUGAGCUGAUGAAGAAACACAAAGCACUCAUUGCACAGUCCUCCAGUGACAUCUCUCAGAUCAGAGACCUGCAAGCAGAACUGGAGGAGGUAAAGAAACAGAGACAGUCACUCCAAGAGGAGCUUCAGCAGUGUGUGUUGAGGCUACAGUUCCUGGAGUCGUCCACAGUGGGGCGCAGCAUUGUCAGUAAACAGGAGGCUCGAGUCUGCGACCUGGAAAACAAACUGGAGUUUCAGAAAGGCCAAGUCAAGAGAUUUGAGGUGCUGGUGCUGCGUCUGAGGGACAGUGUGGUGCGUCUGGGUGAGGAGCUGGAACAGAGUGCCCAGGCUGAAGCCCGGGAGAGAGAGAACGCCCGCUACUACCAGCAGCGGCUGCAGGAGAUGAGGGUGGAGAUGGAGGAGCUGAGCCAGAGGGAGCAGGAGAGCAGCCGCAGACACAUGGAGCUGGAAAUGCAGGUAGAGGAACUCACUGCUGUCAGGCAGACGUUACAGGCCGACCUGGAGACGUCCAUCCGCCGCAUCGUUGAUCUACAGGCCGCCCUGGAGGAGGUGGAGUCGAGCGAUGAAAGUGAUACUGAAAGUGUUCAAACUGCUGUGGAGUCCUUUACUCAAAAGAAAGACCUUGACUCUGUGUCCAGUGUUGGCUCUGUGGGGACAGAGGAUGUUGGAGAGGGCAUGCGUAACUGGUCGAGAGCUUCAAGAGGAGGGUCACGCACUGUGGGUUCUCCUUACGGCAGCCAAGAUGGCCGCCAGUCCGUCACUGAUACAAUGAGCACCUACAGCUUCCGUUCUUGUGUGGAUCUGGACGACGAGGGCUCUGAGGCUAAAGGAGUUAGUGCCAGACGUCCAGGUCAAGCUCCAUCUUCCUCCGCACUGUCCGAGCUGCUCGACGGACUACGUAAACGUAGAGGUGGUGCUGAUGCGGGCGAGCGAGCUGGCAGCGCCGUGUCUUUACCAAUUUACCAAACGACCGGAGCCUCGACUCUCAGACGGAGAGCCUCGGCCCUCUCUCUUGGUCCGGAUGAUCCUCAAGAACCCCGACCUGGUCCUAGCAUUCUGAAGCCAUCCUCCCCUCUCCUGCCUCGGGCUGCCAGCACUCGCUCCAUUGCCGACUCUCAGGUGUCUGCAGGCGUCACAAAGGCCUCCCGCUUCAACUCAGAUGAUUUUCAGACUUCUCUCCCGUCACUGCCACACCUCUCCUCCUUGUCGACCGCUGUAGCCGCUCGCAAUCAUCCGCCAUCCCUGUCCAUCCCAGAGGAAGACCUCGGUGAACGUUCUCCUGCAGUGAGAACUCCCAUCCAGCGCUCCCCACAAAUACUACGGCGGUGCAUGCUGGGGAAUCACACAGCAGCAGAUGGAAGCGAAGGCCUGCUGGUUUCGGAACCACUGGUUUUCCAAAACCGCUGUCUAGCUGGUGACCGUUCCGACGCAGCCUCUGACAUCCUGCCUGCAAUCCGGAGAGCCCAGUCCACCAGCAGCCUGGCCGGUUCAGUCAAAGGAGGCCGGAGAGCUCUGAGCGUCCAUUUUGGAGAGUUGCCUCCCUCGAUCCGCAGCAGGAAAACCUCUGAAACGGAGUCCUCCAGCUCAGGCGGAUCAGGAGGAAGCUCCCAGGGCGGCGGGCCGAGACGGAGGUUUGAGAGGCCGCAGGGAGAGAGACUGGAAGCAGAGGGCAGUGAAGGGGGAGAUGUGGCUUUAGUCAUGAAGAAAUACCUGAAAAAGGAGACAGACUGAGACGAAGCCUCUUCAUGCGUCCACAUCCAGCUGUGAGCUUCAAACAUGCUGCAGAUCACAGAACACCAGUGGAAAUACUUCAGACGUGAAAGCAAAUGUCUUUUAACUCCUUAUAUCAAUAUUAAAACCACUUAAACACAUUUGUUGGAUUUUUCAAAAAAGCACUGUUUAUAUAUGAAUAAAAUAAGAAAAUGAAACUGCUG